AUGGGGGUGUUAAGAAAGAAUGUUCUUUUUAAUAUGUUCAAAUUAAAGAACGCAUAUUUAGUCAUAGAACAAGGUAGCAAAGGGAAGCUUGUAUAUUCUUCCCAAAAGGGCUAUAUCAACACUGUGGUUUCCCCUGAUAAAGAGUUAGGCAACAGUGUUAAUAGCGUUAAUAGCGGCAGUAGCAGCAAUAGCGGCAAUAGCACCGACCGCCUAAAAAUGAACGACUUCCACUACUUUAACAUAUACUUAUUGAAAAAUAAAAAUUUUGUAAAUUUCGUUUUAACAUACAAUUUUUGUGAAAAUAAAAACAUGUACGUGUGCAUGCUAAUACAUUUAAGUAAUAUAUAUAAUACGCUAAGUGUAAAAGACAUAUGUAGAGUAUUAGAAAAAAUAAUAGAACAUAAUAAAGCGUCCUUUUCACAUUUUUUUAUUAAAGGAGAAACUAUAUUAAAGUUGUAUUCACAUCUUUGUAAUAAUAUAGUUAAGCUAAACGUAUCUGAGUUAGUUACACUUAUGAAAUGCUGUUGUUAUACUAGGAAUGAAUACCCCAUUGAAUGUAUUAGGAAAAUAAAAAAGGUCCUUAUGACCAAGAAUUUAACUUGUUUAAACACAGUUUUGUUUAACGAUAUAUGCAAUUGCUUAGUUAAUAUAAGGAAUGAUUUUAAGUUAAGAAAGUUUCCUUAUGACAACUCUCUACAUUACAAAAUAUUGUUGCACUUAAGGAGUGAAAUUAUGAAUGUAGAUGUUCAUCGCUUUUUUCAAAUACUCCCUUUUUACAUUAACUUAACCAAGGUUUCUCGAGGAGAGCGGGAGCAAAGUGGGGAGAAGCAUGUAACGAUAAAGCACGUUGCCCCUUCAUGCGCGGUUGAAGCAGUGAACACAGGUACUACUACCUUCGAAAAUGUUACCACCUCCGCAAAUAUUACAACCUUUGCACCCAAUGCUCAUACCUCAAGCAGCACUCGGAACCUCCCUCUUGACGACGGUGAGCAUAAAGGAGGAAACCACUCAACCAAUGGAUCGAAUGGAACGAUUGAAAGGGAAAAUAACUUCUUUUUGAGGAACCAAAAUGGAAGAAGCCAUUCAGAGGACAAGCUAAAUAGUAGUAACCUCGUCUUGAGUGAAGACGAAGUGGCUUCGUUAAAAAACAAUUGCAAGUUAAUCUUUUUAAAUAAAAUGAACGAAAUAAACAAGGAUAUGGUUCUACCAGCAGUAACUAUAUUUAAAUGGAUAGAGAUAAAUGAUCGUUUAAUUUUCAUGCAUAUAUGUGAAAUCUUUUUAAAAAAUAUUGUAUUCUACGAUUCAAAAACUGUUGUACGCUUUUUUCGAAAAUGUCAUAGUAUGAAAUUUCAGAAGAUCAGAGAAACUAAUGAUGAUGGGGAAAGAAGGAGUACAAAAGAUGUGAAAAAUGGGCAUGGAAAACAAAACAAGCCAAAAGAAGAUAUAAAUGAGUAUUGCACUUAUGCAGUAGAUAAAGAAAUAGGUAUAAGGGAGAAAACAACAUACAGUAGUAGCAGCAAUGCACGUGGUGCUAAGCCUCUGAGGAUAUUGAAAAUUGACGGUAACCCUGCUGCCACUGCUAAUAUAGAUUCCACUGCUAAUACUGAUAGCACGGACGUUGCAACAAAUUUACUUUUGAACCUAAUAAAUGAGAGGGUUUAUCAUAUGAGCAUUUCCCAGUUAUACUGUGUUACCUAUGGCAUAUAUGGAUUCAUUGAGAACAUGAAACAGUUUUCAAAUUUAAAUAAUUUAAAAAAUAAUAUGAAUUUACUCUUUUCUAUGUGUGUUCAGUACAUAACGAAUUAUGUUAAUAAGGAGAUGAUAAGGAUGCAGAACAAAAAUACAGACUUGUAUGAUGAACAGAUAUUGAAGGAGGAUUAUCCUAAUUCAUGCAAGACCACAACUGGUAGGAGUUUGUUAUAUGAAAAACAAGCAGAACUGAAAAAGGAGAACGUUCUCCGAGAUUUAAACAUGAACAUUGACCACGUAUACAUCUCAUCUACAGGGGUGUACGUCAACGAAGGGGGAAAAAGACUCGAUGAGGGCAAAGGACAACUUAGUCAUCUCAGACAACCGAACAAUCCCAGUAACCCCGGGCCUGCCAGUCCUCCCCGCCUUAUUAUCCUCUCGUGUGAGAUCCUGCUAAACAUAAGCCACUUCAACAUUUCGAAAAAUCAUCGCAAAAUUAAGCUUAUUUAUGAAUGCAUAAAUAAACUCCUCUGUUAUGAGGCGGCUCAAUGGAAUAACGACGAUCUCCUGACCAUGUUAAUGUGUUUGUCCAAUUUAUAUUUCAAAACGAAUGAUAACUACAUUUUCCAUGCAUAUAAGAAAAUUUUAAAUAAAUUAGAAAUGCAGAAAUACGAAAUGAAUGGUCAUCAUUUUAAUAAACUUGCUAUUGCUUUAGGUCCACUACUCCAUGAAGAAAAUAAAUUAAUACAAAAUUUUUCUCAAUUUUUAAUUUUUUAUGUUGAAAAUAAUAUUGUUCCUUUACGUUCUUGUGUUUUCUUAUUACAAUAUAUUAUGAAAAAUUUGUAUAUUAAAUUAAAUGCCCAUCUAGCUCAAUUGAAUUUGUUAAUCAUAAAUAGAUUAUUUUUAUAUUUAAAAGAAGCAUAUACAUAUACACAAAAGUUCGAUGAAGACGAUCCUUCUGUUCAUAUGAUGAUGUUUAAAAGUUUUCUACUUUUACAUUCUAUAAAUGACAAUACGUUAAUAUGUAUUAUGACUACUUUAUCUAUUAUCAUGCAAAAUGAAAAAUAUGGCUCAAAUAUAAAGGACCAGGCAAUCGUCAUUCUUCGAAAAAUUGUUAAGUAUAUUGCACCCAGCUCUUUUCAAAAAUUUCCAAAAAGGUAUAUUCACCUCGACUUGCUCCAAGCGUUGUCUCCCGAUCACGAUCAAGUGAGGCAAGUACUGCUCAGCAGGAUGUAG